AUGGCAACCGUCGCCAAACCAGAGAGCGCGCCUACAAAUGCUCGGGGCAUACCCUAUGCGCCCUUUGUGGAUAGAGUCGAGGACUAUGUUAGCGACCGCUCUCAAGUCGACGCCACGGUGAAUAGUUUCAAGGAGAUGAUAUCAAAAUACCAAUUCAUGCAACAAAACACCCAACGCCGCGCCACCGGCCUCCGCACCAAAAUCCCCGACAUCCUCAAAACCCUCGAAACCGUUCGCUUCCUCGCCCUCCACUCCCCCACCACCUCCACCUCCCCCCCACCCCCCCUCGAAACAACCUUUGAACUAAACGACACACUCUACGCUCGCGCCUCAAUCCCCCCCACCUCAGAAGUCUACCUCUGGCUCGGCGCAAACCUUGCGCACUUGUGA